AGAAAAGAUAAAUAUCGUAAGGAUUCAUAGUUGUUGGUAAUAUUGCCUUGGAGUUAUUACCACAUAAUAAGACAUCACAUAAUGUUAUAUAAUAUCAUAUUCCGGCGGCGUCGUUUAUGUUAACGUUGUUUGCUCUGGAAUAACCCGGAACUAACAAUAUAUUUGAUCUAUAUGCUAUAUUCAGUACUGUUUACCGGAAGUGUAUCAGAUAAAGAUUUGUCCAAUUUUCUGAGUAACCCAGAACGUUGCCCGGUAUUCAAGGACCUCCGCGUCGUCUACGUAAAAAACGUAACUCCGGUCUGGAAUGCGGCUUUGUGUUAGCAACGUAAGCUCUCCUUUGCUUUCGGUGGCUAAAGGCAGCAGUGACGCUGAGUAACCGAGCGGAGAAUCCCUGGGCUCUCGGUCCUGGAGUGGAGUAUGGCCUCGCAAGAGUCGGAGGAAAUAGCGGAGCAAACCGAAGAAGCCGAACCCACACAGGACGAGGAGGAUCUGAGGAUUUCUCCGGCGGAGGAAAUGCCUGCUGACGGCGAUGGGGAGCCGGAGCAGCUGCUGCUGCCGUGGGACCGCUUCUCUGCCUGGCUUCACUGUAUCUGUGUGGUGGGCUUCGACCUGGAGCUCGGCCAGGCCGUGGAGGUGAUCUACCCUCACCAUUCAAAGCUCACAGAGAAAGAGAAAAUGAGCAUCUGCUAUUUGUCGUUUCCGGAUUCAAAUUCAGGCUGCUUAGGGGACACACAGUUUUGCUUCCGUUUCCGGCAGGCGGCGGGCAGGAAGUCCUCAUUCGGGUGUUUUCUGGACCACUUCGACAGAGACGCACCGGUUUGCCUCAAGAAAGACCAGGGGCAUUUCUAUGGUUAUGUGUACUUCAGACAAGUUCGAGAUAAAACGCUGAAGAGGGGCUACUUUCAGAAGUCUCUGGUUCUCAUCAGCAAGCUCCCUUAUGUCACCUUCUUCCACUCGCUUCUGAAGCUCAUUGCGCCUGAGUAUUUUGAGAAACAGGAGCCCUGUUUAGAAGCCGCUUGCAAUGAUAUUGACCGGUGGCCAACACCAUGUCCAGGCAAGAUCUUAUCUCUCCCAAUCAUGGGCGUCGUCAUGAAGCUGCGAAUACCGACAUGUUAUGACAAGCCAGGCACCUCGCAGCUUGUGCAGUCCACCUCGAGCGACAGUCUUGUGUCUGUUGUGCUUCCUACGAUCCAUGAAGUGGAUUUGUUCAGGUGUUUCUACCCAGUGUUCUUUCACAUCCAGAUGUUGUGGGAGCUAGUGCUGCUCGGAGAAGCGCUUGUCGUAAUGGCACCGUCCCCGGCGGAGUCAUCAGAUACAGUGCUGGCGUUAGUCAGCUGUAUCGCUCCGCUGCGGUACUGCAGUGACUUCCGACCCUACUUCACCAUCCAUGACAGUGAGUUCAAGGAGUAUACGACUCGAACCCAAGCUCCGCCGUCUGUCAUUUUGGGCGUAACAAAUCCUUUCUUCGCCAAAACACUUCAGCACUGGCCUCACAUCAUCCGCAUAGGCGACAUGAAACAAACAGCAGAAAUGGCCAAACAGAUGAAGGUGAAGAAAUUAAAGAAUUUGAAAACUCUGGAUUCCAAACCAGGUGUAUACACUGCAUACAAGCCUUUUCUGAACAAAGAUGAAGACAUCAUUAAGCAGCUCCAGAAGGGAGUUCAGCAGAAACGUCCAUCCGAGGCCCAGAAUGCCAUUUUGCGGCGAUACUUCUUGGAAUUAACACAGAGCUUCAUCAUUCCUUUGGAGCGCUACGUGGCCAGUCUGAUGCCUUUACAGAAAAGCAUCUCUGCUUGGAAAAGUCCUCCUCAGCUCAAGCCGUUUGUCCAGGAGGAGUUUAUGAAGACUCUGGAAAAGGCCGGUCCUCAACUCACAUCCCGCCUCAAAGGAGACUGGAUCGGUCUUUAUAGGCAGUUCCUCAAGUCACCCAACUUCGACGGCUGGUUCCGAAACCGCAGGAAAGAGAUGAUUCAGAAGCUGGAGGCUCUGCAUCUCGAGGCGCUUUGUGAAGAGGAUCUGCAACUGCGAAUUCAAAAACACACCGAAGUGGAGACGGUUGAUCUUGUUCUCAAGCUGAAAGAUAAACUGACACAGGCUGAGCGAGAGCGGCUGCCCGUAAGAGCAGGGACGCUGGCCAAACUUCAGUCCCACAUUGACGCCAUUAUCCUCUCGCUUCCAGAGGACCUUCAGGGCAUCCUGCACAAACCAGCCACGCCCUGACCCCAAAGAAGACAAACUCUACUGUAGGAAUGAGGACUAGACGGCUGAGCCGAGCUGAGCUGAUCAAGGGUUUGGGGUUUGAGGGAUUAACACCAGAACUGCUCCACAUAAGCAGUGGGCAUGGGUUUUUUUUCUUUUCUAAGUGCUGUUAGUCCUACAGAUCCGACAGAGGGCCGAGCUGUGGCGCAAUGCUGGCAUUGCUGGAGCUCAGAAGAUGCGAAAUCAGUUCAGUGAUGUUCGCUGCACUGUACAUGAAGAGAGGUGUUAGGAAUGUGCUCGUUCUUAAUAUCGAUGACUCUUUCUUUGUCUCUCACUGUGUGAGACUGACAUCUUGUUUUUAAACAUGACUGCUUGGAUUUUUUUUUUUUUUAAGAUUAACCAAGUUGGGCGGAUGAAUAUAGGGAGAUGAAAUGAAUGUUUAAUGCAGUGUUGGCGAGGGGUGUUUUAGGUAUCAAUUAACCGUAAGUCUGGACUAGAAAGGAUUUCCAGCCCACUAUUGUCCAGUUCAUAGAUCUGAAAGCUAGGAAACCGGUCCUUAAUCCCCAACCUGGAAUGAAUUACGGGUUUGAUGAAGCUGAUGAUGAUUUAAUACUUAAAAUUGUUUCAGCCGGAGUGAACAACACUAACAGAACACAUGAAAACCUAAACAUGUCAGUGAACUAAAUGCAUGCUUCAUUUUCUGAAGGGGAAAUCUGACACAGCAUUACAUUACAUCAGGAGGUUCCGUGCAAUUUUAUAUUAUAAUGUGUCAUCAAUUAAAACAUUAAAUAUAGAGCACUGGCACGAAGCCUUACCGAAAGGGAAUCCCCCCCCCCCCCCCCCCAAUUUGAUUGAUUGUAAUGCCCAAGUAGUUUCUUUUGCCUUACAGAGCAAGAAAAAAAAAAACUCAUCAUUGUCUAGGGUACAGGUUCCCAUCGCUGCUCCUGGAGUACACUCUGUCCUGAACAGUUUCUGGAAAUUGAAAUCAUGAUCUGUUUAACAGCCUUCAUGAGCUGAACCUCAAGUGGGUGUGAUGGAGCACUGAAACAUCCAGGACCAGAGGUUCUUGAGGACCAGGGCUGAGAAACUGUGGCCUCGGAAAUCAGCGUGUUUGGGAAGAAACGCCCUCUUUUCAGUUAGUUGCAAAAUCAUGGUGACGUCCUGCUGAUACUGCUGGACUGUACAUUUAGAUUGAUGGUUUCAUCUGGUCUUUCCUUAUUUCCUGAGUGAACCUGAUGUGUAUGUGGAUUAAUUACUACUUGAGCAGAAUCUUUUAUCAAAUCUGUCUAUCAGACCCAUCUGUUAUGAUCAUGUUCAUGGAUCUGAUGAGAAGUGCAUGAAGUUCAUGUUGAAGCUCCUGACAGUCCUGCAGGUGUUCUUCUGUCAUGUGCCUUGUGAUGUGAUGAGGAGCGAAAUGUAGAAAUGACCAAAGAUACUGUCCUAAUCAUGGUGGUUGUGUGAUUAUUAUUUUUUUUAAACAAACAGAAUCAUUGACUGAAACCUGAAGAAAAACUGUCACGAUUUUAUGUUGUAUCAUUUCUGAAGUGGUUGAGUGAUGAUGAUGGUGGUGAUGAUGAAGAACCUUGUUGAAGAAUGAGGUUAGUUAUUCCCCAACUCCAUCGGCUGCUUUUGUAGGCUUGUCGAUCCAACACUUGGUGGAAAGAACUGCUGGCUUUUGGUCUGAGACAGUAAAAUGGGCCAUACGACUGAGCCGGCUGUUAGUUGGUGCAAGCCUGUAUAAACUGUUUGUUAGGUAACCACUUGUUUUAUACAUACAGAUGAGCUUAUUUUAACAUGCUUAAAUUUUAUAUAAAAGUAAAUUGAUAUUCUCUUGUGCAUAACACACACGCUCAAUAAACAGUAUUUUGUAACACUGGUAUUUUUGAUCCUGAUAAUUUCUAUAGGAUGUAAUGUACAGUUAGUUGGUUAUGUAGUAAUAUCAAAAAAGGUUGAUUAGGACUCUAAACAGUGUACAGAGAAGCACAGGUAUAGCAAGUGUUUGCGCCAAGUUCAAUAUUUUGGCAUUAAUAUUUUUCUCUAUCAAAGCCAUGACAACUAAUCAUGUUCCAUACAUGUUUCAUUAGCAUUCAAUAUCUCCAUCAUGAAGUGUUCUUUUUUUCCCCCCCUCUUUUUUUUUUUUUGUAAAUAAACA